AUGUUUCUGAAAAGAUACAUAUUCCCCUUAAUUACACCAGUACCAAAAAAAGGCUACAAUGUUGACCUCAGCCAAAAUUCUGUUGAUUUCAAAAAUGUUUAGUUUACUACUAAUUGGAAGCCUUGGGGAAGAAGGUCUAGAAAUAAACACAACACAAAGCAUUGCAGCAGGCUUAAAAGCGAUGCAAAAUGCAUCUGUUCCUUUGGAAAGUGACGCAAAUUUAAGCUCAGAUAAAGAAAAUAGAGAAACCUCCAAUCCCAAAACAAGUAAUUCCUCUCUUUGGGAUCCAUCAAAUAAAAACCAUGGAACAACAGAGGUCUUUGGCAAUUCAUCGACAAACAACUUUUCUGGGAAUCCAAGAUCCACGCCUACGCUUCCCACAAAUCCUCCCUCGAUCCAAGGCUUUGUUUCUAAAUUGCCUCAGAACUCAUCUAUAGCAGACGAAAAUCCUCAGCCUGUCUCAGCACCUCCCGAUGCUACAUCUGCUCCAUCUUCAGAAAAGUUCACUUGGUCUUCAGCCAGUGAUACCACGAAAACUCCUGACAACAGUUCAAUUUCAAUUAGCAUCCUUCCUGCAGCACCAAACACCACGUCUGCGUCCCCCAUGAUAACGGAACCAGAUGAAUGGCUCACCACAACCAGUGACAGCUUCGUAGGGUUUACUCCUUAUCGAGAAACGACCACUCUACAGCCCACCUUAAAGUUUACCAAUAAUUCAAAACUGUUCUCAAACACAUCAGACCCCCAAGAAGUUCUGCGAUUAGACAAUGCACCGGAACCUUAUGAUGCGAGUUUUGGGAACUCUAGUUAUUAUAACUCAACUAUGAAUGAUUCAUCUAUGCCAGCAGGCCGAGAAAAUGUACGUGACGGCAUUCCUAUGGAUGACAUACCUCAACUUCGUACCUCGGUAUAA